GCUUAUUGGUAUAUCCCAAUUGGUAGAUUCCUCUUUGACAAUAAUAUGUCAAAGUCAAAUGUAUAUUAUUAAUGAAGAGCAACACUGUGAUUAAGACCAGGCACACUGCAACAACAUCUGAUGGACAUCUACCAUUACAUGAAGCAACAACAAAAUAUUAUAAAGUUUGCAAUUCAGCAACCACCUUAUUAAAAAAUAUCUAAGUUUACAUAAAACAGAAAAUAAAAUAGUAAAUUAAAUUCACUUUGUCAUAUCAAGAGUUUCCCAGCUCAAAUAGCAAGAUUCUUCAGCCAGGCCUCUGUGAGACUUUCAGCUAUUUUCACAGGUGUAGAGGAAAACAUGCGCUAUAAAUAGUAUGCAAAUAAAACAAGGCCAAAAGAGUAAACUAUCAGUUGAUCAGUGGGUUGUUCUGUGUAUAACUGAUAAAAAGAAGGACAAAACAAGUUAUAAAAGCAGCACAAAAGAACAGAAGGCCUGUUUGAGAAAAUGUGGGCACUCUUGGUUCUCAUAGGUGCUGCAUCUGUUUCUGCUCACCUGCAGGAUCUUUCCUUUGAUGGGCAGAAGGUGUUCCGUGUGAUUCCACAGAAUGAUGAGCAGGUGGAAAUCCUCAAUUUCCUUGCCAGAAUCAUGGAGGUUGACUUUUGGCAGCCAGACUCUGUCACACUGGUAAGGCCAAAAAUGCAAGUUGAUUUCCGAGUUGAAGCUGAGAAGACUUUUAAGGUUGAAGAUCUUCUGAAAGAAAGUGGAAUGGAAUAUCAGGUUCUGAUUGACAACCUGCAGGCUGCACUGGAUGCCCAGUUUGACAGCCAAGCUCGUACUUCCAGCCACAGCUAUGUGAAGUACAACAACUGGGACACGAUAGCUGAUUGGACUGCUGAUAUUGCUGCUCAGAACCCAGACCUUGUCUCUCGCAGUGUAAUAGGGAACACAUAUGAAGGACGGCCAAUGUACCUUCUCAAACUGGGAAAAAGCGGUGCAAAUAAGAAGGCCAUCUUUAUGGAUUGUGGUUUCCAUGCAAGAGAGUGGAUCAGCCCUGCUUUCUGCCAGUGGUUUGUGAAAGAGGCUGUGGAGACCUACGGAAAAGACUCUGCCAUGACCACACUCCUGGACAAGCUGGACUUCUAUGUUCUGCCUGUUGUUAACAUCGAUGGUUACGUUUACACUUGGACAAAUGACCGCAUGUGGAGAAAGACGCGCUCUAAAAAUUCUGGGACCUCUUGCAUUGGGACAGAUCCCAACAGGAAUUUUGAUGCUGGCUGGUGCACUCUUGGUGCCUCAGAUUACGCCUGUUCUUCCACUUACUGUGGCUCUGCACCUGAAUCUGAAAAGGAGACCAAGGCUUUGGCUGAUUUUAUUCGUGGACAUCUUUCUACAAUCAAGGCAUACUUGACAAUUCACUCCUAUUCCCAGCUGCUACUGUUUCCUUAUUCAUACUCUUACAAAUUGCCAUCAAAUUACCAGGAACUGAAUUCCAUAGCUAAAGCUGCUUCCGAAGAGCUGGCCAGUUUGUACAACACUGACUAUACAUAUGGUCCAGGAGCAACAACAAUCUACCCUGCUGCAGGGGGCUCUGAUGACUGGGCUUAUGACCAAGGCAUCAAGUACUCUUUCACUUUCGAGCUCCGGGACACCGGGAGAUACGGUUUCCUUCUCCCUGAAUCCCAGAUAAAGCCAACCUGUGAAGAGACUCUCCUUGCUGUUAAAUAUAUUGCCAACUAUGUCCUUGAGCACUUGUAUUAGAAUGGAAUUCUAAAGAUUAUUAAAGUAGGCUUUAUGCAAAGAUGCCUUCCUUUUUUUCUUCCCUAAAAAUGACUUUUUUAUUUCUCUAUACUUAAUGGUCUAAAGUCAUAUUCUUAGUCCACUACAGGUCACUAGAACUACAAGUUUUUCA